UGGAGAGCAGUGGGGAUGGAGGGGCUCAGCGUGGGCAGUGUCCUGCUGACAGGCUGCGAUGGGGGGCUGGGCCUGGGGCUGCUGAAGGGGUUGCUGGAGCAGCCCAGCCCACCUCGGCACAUCUUCGCUGCUUGCCUGGACCCCCAGGGCAAGGCUGUUAACGAGGUGGCUUUGGGCUUUCCCAACAUCAUGAUCUUGCCUCUAGAUGUGACAGACCCCAACAGCAUCAAAGCAGCAGUCAGGAAGGUGCAGGCAGAGGUGGGAAGUGCUGGCCUCAACCUCCUGAUUAACAACACCGGCACCACACGCCGCAGCACCUUGGCCACCGAGACAGCAGAGAACAUGAGCCUCGUCUACACCACCAACACCAUCGGGCCCCUACAGACAAGCCAGGCCUUCCUGCCCCUGCUGAAGAUGGCAGCUGACGCCGAAGGACAGCAUGAGAUGAGCUGCAGCAGAGCUGCCAUCAUCAACAUCUCCAGCAUCCUGGGCUCCAUCGAGGUUGCGGAGGCUUGGGAGGAGAGGCAGGACAUCUGCUACCGCUGCAGCAAGGCUGCUCUGAAUAUGCUCACCAAGUGCCUGGCCCUGGAGUACGGGAGCAGCGGGAUCCUCUGUGUGUCUGUGGAUCCUGGACAUGUGACACCUCCCUUGGAACAGGGGGUGGGCCCGGUGACGCUGGAGGAGAGCGUGCGGGGCGUCCUGCAGCUGCUGACCCAGCUCUCAGCCACCAACAAUGGCACCUUCUGGAACUGGAGAGGGCAGAGGCUGCCCUGGUGAGAGCAGCAUCUGCCCAGUGAGCUUAAAUAAUUAAUUAAAGUGAAU